CGGGUCCCACAAUCCUCCCGCCACGGCUGAAACGACUUGCUGCUAUGACUGUAAAGCCGGCCAAAUCGACAAUCCGAGUGAAAAUCCGCUGCACUGGACGGAGUGCUUCGCAUUACCAACACGGGCAACAGGGCGGCGAAAUCAAUCGAAAUUCCGUCGCUCGAACCAUCACCAUCCACAGCGGAGUUGGCGGAGUCUGUGAAUGCUCAGCCAGUCUCUACUAGUACUACCUUGGUUGUGGUAACGGAACGCUUUUGCAACCAUUACUACUAGCCCUAGGCUUACCUUUGCCGGCAGUCAAUCAGCUGCUGCUGGAAUCGGUGUCUGCCCGUUCAUAAAUUCAGCGAGAUCGCUGGAUGACCGGCUCAGCCGCUGAGAAGUGUUUCACUUCAAUUGGAACAUCGACGGCUAGGCUAGCCCAUAGCUCCAGUCCCUGACUCUGUUACUGUAUCCAAUCUUGUCUCCACGCGUUUAUCGUAAUCCAUCCAGCCGGCCGGGUACACAUACAGUGGCUGUACGAUCAUCUAAGCGGUCAUGGAAAUAACCAGUGUCUACUCGAAGAAGAGGCGAGAGUUCGGACGACAAUGCAAGUUCUCCGACUACACCCCACCAGCAAGCAAGGACGGUACAAUCGAGCCCGACCCGUCGCUGCUGGACCAGUACGUCUUCAAGAAUCCGUGCGAUGCGGCGUGCCAGAGCGCACCGGAGAUGUCCGAACACGAAACUAACACGGAACGUUUUGAGACUGAGAGUCACGGCAUGAGUCACGUGGAGGGCGGCUGGCCAAAGGACAUCAACAUUCAGGAGGCUGAGCAGACCAUCCGGUUUCGCAAGAAAGUCGAGAAGGACGAGGUGUACAUGGGAGUCAUCCAGAGACUGUGCAAUACCAUGGAACAUUGCAUCAAGCAGAACAACUCUAUUGAUAUCUACGAGGAGUACUUUGACGAUGUGGAGGACAACGUGGCCAGUGCCAUGCCCGAGGCUAAAGUUGUCAACAUAUUCAGAGACCAACAGAAGCUGUCCCGGUCGGUUGCAAGCAUGUGCUGGAGUCCGGACGGUGGCUCUAAGCUAGCCGCGGCCUACUCCAUUCUGGACUUUCAGCGCGGUGAUCCUAACAUCAAGUUGGACUCUUACAUCUGGGAUAUCUCCAAUCCAAACCGCCCUGACAUGUCACUGAAGCCGUCCUCGCCAAUAGUCAGUUUGGAGUACAGCCCAAAGGAUGCCCACACUGUCAUUGCUGGCCUCUACAACGGACAAGUCGCUUUCUGGGAUCUUCGCAAAGGUUCCCAGCCCGUUGACACGUCGGCUAUAGAGCACAGCCACACCGAUGCCGUCCGCAGAGUCGUCUACCUCUCCGCGAAGUCAGGCUCUGAGUUCUUCAGCACCUCUACUGAUGGCCGUGUCCUGUGGUGGGAUAUCCGAAAGCUGAGUGAGCCGUACGAGUCACUGGACAUUCUGGCAAGCAAGGCGGGUAAAGAGACAAUUGGAGGAACUGCUCUGGAGUUUGAGUCCACAAUGCCUACAAAGUUCAUGGUGGGUACAGAGCAGGGCUCCAUCAUCACAUGCAACCGGAAGGGCAAGACGCCGGCUGACAAGAUUGCUGGUUACUUUUACGGACAUUAUGGACCAGUCUACACCGUACAGAGAAACCCGUUUGUACCGAAGAACUUCCUCAGCAUUGGAGACUGGACAUGUCGGAUGUGGUCUGAAGACAUCAAAGAAACUUCCAUCCUGUGGACAAGAAGCGACGAGUCCUUCCUGUCGGAUGGUUGCUGGAGUCCCACUCGGCCAGCUGUGUUCUUCACCGCCAAGCAGAAUGGAUAUCUGGACACGUGGGACUUGCUACAGAACCAAGCAGCACCCACACUCACAACACAGAUCUGCAACAGUGCUCUAACAAGUGUCCGCGUACAGGACCAAGGAGAGCUAAUGGUAUGCGGCGCAAAGAACGGCUCAAUCACGCUGGUCGAGCUCUCCGAAAGCCUGCGCACGGCUGUAAACAAUGAGAAGAGUGCGUUCACAGCAAUCAUGGAACGUGAAACACGUCGAGAGAAGAUCUUGGAGGGCCGACAGCGCGAACUAAAGUUAAAAGAGAAACAGGCCAGAGCCCCACCUCCCGAAGUUGAAGCAGGUGAAGGAGAUGGAGAUGAAGACCCAGUUGCCAAGGCUGAGGCCGAUUUCUUCCACAGUAUGAAGAGCGAUCUAGAUGACCUGCGCAAGAGGAGGGCAAAGCGCAGGGGUGGUGGUGACAAACCUGAGGAGGCGACAAGCAAGACGGAAACAUCCACGUCCCUCUCGGCGCCCACAGGUGAUGAUGUGUCGCAGAAAAUAGAGGCCCUUGCUGCUAAGGAUGGCGGUGGCGCGGAGACCAGCUCCGAGGAUUCAUCAGCAAAGCCAGCAGCAGUGGAUGCUUAACUAAGAACUGAAGAAGCAAGUGUCAGUUUAA